CUAAAAUUUACACAUCAUUAGAUAAUCUUUUAUUUUUAAAAAAUCUUUACUCCCUCCAUAGAGUUGAACUUCCUCUCUUUUUAGAAGAAUGGAUUUCUCAGAAUCCAAAAAAUUUAUGGUUCUUCUCUGGAAGAAUUUUAUUUUAAAGAGGCGGCGAUGUAUUGCUUUAGUUGUGGAAAUGGUCUUCACAUUUCUAUUUAGUGCUGCACUUUUGGCAACACGCUUUGUUACUGUUAUAAGGAAGAAUGGACCUUUCAGUUUCUCUCCUCAGCCUGUCAGUGAAGUGCCUUUCCAGAUCGCAGAUUAUUUAAUUUCUCCUUCUUUGGAAUUGGCUUAUGUGCCUUCCAGAAGCACUGUGGUCCAGGGUAUUAUUGAAAGGGUGAAAAUGGAUAUAAACCCCCAAAUGAAAGGUUAGAAAUUAAGGUUUUCUGAAAAAAAUCAUACAGUAUUACUAAAUUCAUUUAGUUAAAACAUACUUUCAACCUUAUUAACUGGUUCUUAACCUCCCAAGUAAAACAUUGUAGGAUAUUCCCAUAGUAAGUAUAAAUACUGUGGACUUUGUUAAACUUGAAAGUUAAAUUUAUAUAAAAUAUUUUGUUUGUAGAGCCCAGAACAAAUAGUAACAUUUCAAAAUUAGAUGACCAACUCUUAUUAUUAUUCUAAGUUGUUAUCCAGUUUUGUGAUACUACGUGUUUUUUCUAUCUGAUCGUGUUUGUUGAACCUGGCUAAGUAUACCUCCAGGGGUGUGUGAUUAUGUGCCACAGGUCAGUGGUCAGGUAUUUAAAACAAUGUUUUAUAUUAAAAUGUGGUACAAGUAAUAUAGGAAGGCUUUAGAAAACACUCAAGCUGCAUGGAAUCAUUUUAAGAGCUCUGAAUCUCUCACUCACCUUCAUAUUCCCAGAUCACUUUCUUACCUCCUUCUUCAAGAGGUAAAUAUUGUCAGAAGUUUGGGCUGGGAGUGGUAGCUCAUGGCUGUAAUCCCAGCACUUUUGAAGGCUGAGGUGGGCAGAUCACCUGAGGUCAGGAGUUCAAGACCAGCCUGGCCAACAUGGUGAAACCCUGUCUCUACUAAAAACAUAAAAAUUAGUUGGUUGUGGUGGUGCUCACCUGUAGUCCCAGCUAUUUGGGAGGCAGAGGCACAAGAAUCACUUGAACCCAGGAGGGGAAGGUUGGGGUGAGGCGAGAUUGUGACGCUGCACUCCACCUGGGUGACAGAGUGAAACUCUGUCUCAAAA